AGGGCUCCAGGCAGGGCUGGGACAGGGGGCCUCCCCUGGGACCCAGACCUGGGAGUGCCACUCCUGGGGGCCACAUGGGGAGGAGGUGACCGUGGGACUGUCCGGGGAAGGAACCCCAGCUGGGAGUUGAAGGCCUGGAUAUCCGUUCUGGUUUAGUCCUGAGUUGCUGCGUCAUAUAGGCGCGUCACACUUCCUCUCUGGGCUUCAGUUUCCCUACCUGUAAAUUGACUGCUGGGAGGCCCAGUGGUGCAGCAGAGACUGGGAGGAUGUGUGGGGCUGGGCUGCCAGCAGAGCCUGUGGGGGUGGGAGUGGGGGGGCGAGUAGAGACUGGCAACACAGGACCAAAGCAGAAGGGAUGCAGAUCAGAGUAAUGGGUGGAUUUCUGGCUUUGCUGGAGUGGUUCCUCCCUCUGAAGUCCCCUCCUGAGAGGCUGGGGCUAGAGGGUUUCUGCCAUCAGGGCUAGGGAUGUGAACCUAGGCUGCAGUUAGAGGGAAGCAGGCUAGAGAACAAGGGAGCAUGCAGGAUGGGGAAACUCCAGGGUUACCUUUGUGCUGUCAUUUGUGAGGAAAAUGGGGAUUAAAAGGGGGGAAUUUUCAGGAAAUGUGAGAGGGUAGAUUUUGUUCUGAGGUGGGGGUUAGGACUAAAUGAACUUUCAGGACCUCAUCCUGUGUGUGUGUGUGUGUGUGUGUGUGUGUGUGUGUGUGUGAGUGUGUGUGUGUGUGAGUGUGUGUGUUCAAGGGGAGGCAGACAAGACCCUGGAAAGUCACAGUUUAAGUCAGCAGCAAGAGAGCUUGAGGUUAGACUGAAGACAAUAAUACCCGCAUAUGUGAGGGGUGGAGCUGCUGGGGGGAGGCUGUGGGCAUCUCCACUGUCCAAAGCUGGGCUGCAGACUUGGGAAGGUCAGGAGGACCUCCACAGGGCCUGGUCCGGGGGCCCACGAGUCCGGGGGCCAGCAGGGGUGAGGGGGUGGGGCUUCAGUGCCACUCCCCAUUGGCUGAAGACACCGACCCCUCCUUCUCCCUCCCUGCCAGCUCGGCUGGGUUGAGGGGUUGGCACUGGCAGGAGCUGUCCCUGUGCCUUUCUCCCCUGGGGGAGCUGAGGUCUGAUGAGAAUGAGGGGCGAAGUUCUGAGCACCCCAGCCCUAGUGACCUCUCUCUGGCUCCACAGCAUCUAAAAAUCUCAAAGACAGAAUAUGACUCAGGCUGACAGGAAGAAGCGGUCCACCUGCAUGUCCAAGAUGGUCACACCGCCUGCAGUAACAAGGAUGCAAAAAGUACUGCAGAAGGAGAUGGUGCGCGAGUUCCUGGCCGAGUUCCUGAGCACAUUUGUCAUGAUGGUGUUUGGUCUCGGCUCCGUGGCCCACAUGGUUCUAGGAGACAAGAUGGGGAGCUACCUCGGUGUCAACUUGGGCUUUGGCUUCGGAGUCACCAUGGGAGUGCACGUGGCAGGGAACAUCUCCGGGGCCCAUAUGAACGCGGCCUUGACCUUCACCAACUGUGCACUAGGCCGCAUGUCCUGGAAGAAGUUUCCCGUGUAUGUUCUGGGUCAGUUCCUGGGUUCCUUCCUGGCUGCUGCCACCAUCUACUGCCUCUUCUACACCGCCAUCAUCGACUACUCAGGGGGAAGGCUGACAGUGACUGGUCCCACAGCCACUGCUAACAUUUUUGCCACCUACCUUCCUGACCACAUGACCUUGUGGAGGGGCUUCCUGGAUGAGGUGUUAGUGACAGGGAUGCUUCAGCUGUGUCUCUUAGCCAUCACGGACAAGGGGAACAACCCAGCACUGCAAGGGACACAAGCCUUGGUGAUCGGCAUCCUUGUUGUCAUCAUUGGAGUGUCCAUGGGCAUGAACUCAGGAUAUGCCAUCAACCCCUCCCGGGACCUGCCUCCACGCUUCUUCACCUUCAUUGCUGGCUGGGGCACACAGGUCUUCAGCACCAAGGACUGGUGGUGGGUGCCAGUGGUGGCUCCAACCCUGGGUGCCUACUUAGGUGCCAUCAUCUACUUGAUCUUCAUUGGCUCCAGCAUCCAACGGGAGCCCCAGAUACUGGAGACUCCCUCGACAUGUGAAGACCGCAGAACACCUGUGUUGCCCAAGACCACGUCUCACCCACCCGUGACCUCUUCCCUCACCCCCGUCUCUGUGUCCCCGACAACAGACCUUCAGUCCUGUCCCAACCUUAAGUGACUGCAUCUGCCUAGAGCACCUCUAAGUAAGACUAUUUGUGACCCCAUCCCCAUCCCAAUAAAGAAAGCCUUGUCCCACAGUGGCAA